AUGACAAAAAAAAAAAGAAAUCAAAAUAAAAAAUAGAAAAGUGCUCAUGGACUGCCAAUUGAAGAGAUAUACCUCAACUUGGAACAUUUAUAUGAACAAGAAUACUCAGUCUAGGAUGAAAUAGAAACUAAAAGGAAAAACAAAAUCGUAACAAAAAGAACAAAAAAUUCUAAAAAAGUUACGUUCAUUUGUGGCAAAUGUGAUAAGUCUCUGGAUAGCAUUUAAGCUCUUGGUGGACAUUCACAAAAGUCACAUAGAGAAAAUUCCAAUAAUUAUUAUUUAUCGAAUAGAUUGAAACCAUUAAGAGGAAAUAAUAACAGAUACCCCCAUAAGUUUUGA